CAUACACCACAAAACACAACACUAGCAGACAACUAUUUUAACCUAGUCUGCAUGCGUUCUAUUUGACUCACAGGACAGUAACAUUUUUCUCUAUUUUUUUCCAUUCUAAGCCACCUUAUAUACAUCUGGUUAUGUUUUUAAAAUUUGUUUGUUCGUUGUUGGCCUAAAUUCAAUCAUGUGGUUUGCUCUGAGGCGAAUUGUGAACGUUGGAGCAAAUCAACUUACAAGCUUCAGCAAGUUAUCUUGUUGUUGUGGAAUAAGAAGUAAGACCUGUGCCUCCCUGGAAAAACAGAAUUGGCUCUCCACGCAGGCUCCCAUGCACCUACAAGAUAUGUCAAAUCAUGGUAACCAAGGUAAUUCUACCAGUUGCCAAAAAGUCAAACUGAAUCCUGAGAUUGACGAUAGACCUUACAAAUUAUCCAAGGAACAAGAAGAAUUUCUGACUCAAGGAAGUGCAGAAAAUAGGCUGAAGUUAGAUGAAUUUUUACUGCAAUUGCAAACAUUUAGGGAGACUGGAACAGAGUUACCUGAUGUGGUGAAACUUGAGGACUUGUGUAAUAUGUUACCUCUUGCUUAUGUCAAGCGAUUGCGCUAUUUGACAUACUUAAUGAAGAUUGAAUACAAGUCUAAAAUGCAAGUUCAACGAAAGGCAGCCAAACAAAUUUCCCGCAGUCAGAAGAUAGAAAAGAAGCAGGAGCUGGAAUCGAAGUUGGAGCAUCCCUGGCUCGAACACAGUAAUCUCAUGAUGCCAAUCCAUAAAGGGCAAAUGAACCAUUUUUAUAACUCCAAUUCACUUGCGGGGUUACUUUAUGGUCAGAAGGUCGUAAUAGAUUGCUCCUAUAACUCGUAUAUGAAUGAUUUAUCUAUAAAGCUCACAGCAAAACAGAUAUUAUUUUGCUUCUACAGCAGCCGCAAAAACCGAAGACCAUUCUCGUUGUAUAUUUGCAAUCUAGAUUAUGAUAGCAGAUUAAUGUAUUAUCUGAAGAAACUUCAUCCAGGAGUAUUAGAUGUUCCCAUCAGCUUCCACUCAAAAUCUUAUACUGAGCUUUUUGACAGGAAAAAGAUUGUUUAUCUUACACCUCAUUCAUAUACUGUAUUAAACUACAACCCAGAAGACAUUUAUAUCAUUGGUGGUUUUGUGGAUAAACAGCAGCUUGAAGUGUCUCGAUCCAAGGCAGAGAAUGAGCACUUACGGUUUGCUUCUUUGCCACUGGACAAUUAUUUGAAAUGGAAGAGUGGAUCCAGGAGCCUUUGCCUUCAUCAAUGUCUUGACAUUCUCUUGGAGGUGAAGAACACAGGGGACUGGUCAAAAGCUCUUCAGGCACAUGUGCCCUCAAGAAAAAUCAAACCCUUGUGACUUGUAGUUUGUGACAAGUUUAGCAUUACUGCUGGAAAAGGACCAGAAAUAAAGUUAACUAAUUGAGUA